AUGUCUGACGUCGAGUUCAGUGAGAGUGAGAAUCGUGGUGAUCUCAGUUCUCUGGAUUCAGAUGAGUCGGCCGACUCUGAACAUUUCAUCCCUCCUUCCCAACGAUUCUUCAACCGUCAUAACGAAAAGGAACGCCGCAUUGAUGAGGCACAUGAAUAUCUCACUCUGAAGCACAUCCCCGCCUCUAUUUUCGAGGAUACCUCAGACGAAGAACCACUUCCCACAACUUCUAAGCGCACCAACUUUCUCACCAACCAGUAUCACUCCGUUGUCUUCCCCGGUAAGAAAAUUCCGGUCAAAAAGUACAGUAAAUCCAAGAAGGCCAAGAACAGCAAUCGAGGUGAGGUUCAGCUUCAGAAGAAAGAACUUGCCCCUGCCAUGCUUGUUGAAUGUCCUCUCCCUGGUGGUGAAGCAGUCACCGUGGUCACUGAUCCUGUUGAGCGUGCAAGCUGGGGCCCAUUGACCAGAAUCGAAGCCACCAAAAAGGCCAGAGAUAUGGUCAAGGAUUGGAAUAUCGCAGUUGCAACCGCCGGAAUGAAAGACUCCAAGAGAGACGAAAAGAAUAAAGCCAAAGUCACCCCACCUUCAAAAGUUCAAGGUGACGAAAAGACCAACAAGGACGAUGAGACUGAACAUCCCACCUCUCAAGCCGAGACCGACGUUUCAAACUUGAGAGCACGAUACCUUUCACCACCCCCUCCAACACCCCCUGAAGCAAUCUUCCAUGCAAGAUUGUCAAUGCCUACUCUGCCAAACUUGCAUCUCAGUUCUGACCCUGAGGAAGUUGAGCGUUACCGUGUUGAGAGAGCCAAGGACCCAGUCUCAUUCGACAAAGAGACACGUAACAUCAAACGCAACCUUGUCGAUCUGAAGAUUGCACGUGGUGGAAAAUCCUCCUUGCUCCAGAAUGAAUACACUGUCGAGCUUGCGUGCAGAGAGGAUGCAGUCAUGGCUGAGAAAUGGGCCAGUGGAAAAGUUGCUUCAACCAGAUCUAGGUCAGAUACCACCGGCGCGGCUGCUGUCGAGAUUGCAGAUCAGGCUGUUAUGAGAGGUGGUGAAAUAGAGGAACCCUCCGCCGUUGCGAAGGUCUUCCGAAGCGCCAAGGAUAAGCUUACGAGCAUUGCAGGUUUGCAAAACCAGGGAGCAGAAUUGAAGGAGGAGAUUGGAAAUGUUGGCAAGAAGGACUCGACCGACUCGACCGAGACAGCAAAGGGAGGAAUUCAGGAUGAAAAGAACUUUGGUACUACCGCCACGGACAUGAAGGCUGCUCGCAACGAGCUCAAGGCAAAACUCAAGUCUUUCGACCUACCAUCCCACGUUGGCAAAGUUAUCGCGUCUGGUAUGGUUCGUCAUCAACACUCUGAGAAACGAGAAAUUACACAGCUUGGUGAGAAGCGUACUGUCACAACCUGGAUUCAAAUCGAAGAGGUAUAUGAGGUCCCUGCACCCAGUACUUUGACCUGGAAAGAUGUGGCCAUAGCUGUCGAGCAGGAGGAAUAUGAUGAAGAUGAAGGCAAAGGAAACAAGAAGGGUCUGAAGUACAAGAACGAUAAAGCCAAACGCCACUCUCGAUCGGCUGUCAGUGGCAAGCAGCGAAAGACCGAAGACGUUUCUUCUGACUCUGACGACUCUGACGACUCUACCCAGAGCUCAACAAGCGAUGAGCAAACUCGCACUGAAAGCCUUUUGGAAGCUCUAUCUCGUUCUGACAAGCUCAACGAACAAGGGAUCAGUGCAUUGGCACACGACCUGAAGCGCGUCUUGACUACGCUCAGAGGAAAUGGUCAACUCAAGGUCGAGGAAGAAGGUUGA